UGAAGGCAACAACAUCAACAGCGUCUUUGAUCGAAAAGGGUGUGGGUUGACUGCGCAUGUGCAUGACGAACCUCUGUCGGAAGCAAAGUCGGGUUUGUCCAAAGGUUUUACACACCAAAAAGCGAGAAUAAAAGAGUCAUGUCGGGAUUUCUGGAUGGGAUCCGGUGCGGAGACUGUGAGUGUAAUGUGGACUGGGGAGAGCGAAGAAACACAAUUGCCUCUAUAGCUGCUGGAGUCCUGUUUUUCACCGGCUGGUGGAUCAUCAUUGAUGCUGCAGUGAAAUACCCGGCACAGGAUGAAUUUCAUCAUGCAUAUCACACCUGUGGAGUCAUCGCUACCGUGGCCUUUCUCAUGAUAAAUGCUGUUUCAAAUGGCCAAGUGAGAGGAGACAGCUACAGCGAAGGCUGCAUGGGACAGACAGGUGCUCGAGUGUGGCUCUUUAUCGGCUUCAUGCUGGCUUUUGGCUCCCUCAUCGCCUCCAUGUGGAUUCUCUUUGGAGGAUUUGUAGUGCCCCAGAAGCCCACUGUGUACCCUGGAAUUGCUGUUUUCUUCCAAAAUGCGUUCAUUUUCUUCGGGGGUUUGGUGUUCAAGUUUGGUCGUACAGAGGAUCUCUGGCAGUAAUGAACUCUGCGUGUCUCUUCAUGUCCACAGUUAUACACUCUGCUUUCUAUACUGUAUGAGACUGUAUGCUUCAGUGGGUAUUCACUUUAUAUAUAAACUAUUUCCUUUUUUUUUAGCCUUCAGAUUAACAUGUUUAAUUUAUCUGGUUUGCUGUAUAAAAGCUAAAUCAUAAUUAAGCACAAAUCUUCAUAGAUUUCUUUAAAGUUUGAAUAUUUUCAAAUGUGGUGUGUCUAUUUGCAAUCGGACUCUGUAGCCAUGUUGUUAAAAUGGUUUACUUAUGCAUAAACAAAAUUGUGUAUUUUGGGAGCUUCAAGACACUAAACUGUCUCCAUCUCCUUUGUUUUAUGGCAUCCCCUAAUUUGGCCUGCCUGCCAAGUGCACAUUCCAUAAGUGGUUAUGGUACAAAAUAUUAACUGACGGAUUUUUCGUAGAUGUGUACACAUACAUGUUUCAUUGAAUGUAACCAUGGGGGGUUGUUUGUAAUUUUCCAGGAAUAACACUAUAUCAGCUCUGAAAGUUUGCAGCAAUCCAGAUUUAUUGUUGAGUUUCAGUUAGCCACAGUGCUGACCUCUGGCAGACAGAGGUUUCACAUCUGUAGGGUGUCCUCUCAGUGCUGUGACUUUGUAUUUGAAUGCAACAUCUGUCCAUUCAGCUUGUGUAACACCCAGAGCAUCAGGGCAGUGUUUCACAGCCAUGGCAGCAAUAAAAACAUACUGAGCAGUAAA